AUGUCUCCGACCGAUUCUCAACCAAAGGAAUCCUCGAUCAAACCCGCGGCUACAGCACGACCGGUACCGACCAGGCAGUCGUCCCCUAGCAUCAUUACCAGAUUCGUCAAUGGCCUUCAGGACGUACAAGUUCUCGGUUGGGUAUUCCUAGAAACGCUCUUAUCGCCCGUCUUGGACCCUUCUUCGUGGACCAGACCGCCGACCGAUACUCCAGCUGCGUCUUGGCCAGCCUUCCGGAUGGGAGGCAACCGUGUCGGAGGGGGAAACGGGGGUGGAGCCCGUUCCGGUGGUGGUGGCGGCGGCUUCAACACUGGUUCGAACAAUCCGAGGGGCGGUGCCGGCAAUGGGACGGGAAGGCGACUCGGUGGGAUGGGGACUAUGGGCGGUUUAGCUGGAAGUGGCGGAAGUGAGUGA